AUGAGAGCAUUUGUCCUAACAUCAAUCCUGGCUGCUUUAGCCAAGGCUUCCCCUAUCAGAAAUCUUGUUACCAGAGACACCGUUGAUUUUGUUACCGGCACGUACUCGCAGGCUAUUCCUGUGGAUGCGUCCAUAGAAUGUUCAAGCUUAGACAUGACCUACAAAUGUGGUCAGGAUAACUACCCAUGUGCUUCCGGUGAUAUUUCCGAUGUUACUGAUUUAGGUAAUAACCAUUAUGAGAUUACCUUCACUUUUGCUAGUGAUGACUGUAUUGAUAUUUCUAACUUGGGUGAGGCUAAAAUCAUUGGUAUUGAUUCCCCAGAAUCUGGAACCAACCUUCUUCUCUCCAGAAACUCCAACGUGUUCAAGAUUGAUGAUGCAUGUCACUGGUCGGCUACUUUCGUCAUUAAUGGUAAGCAGGACGGCUCUCAAAUUUGUACCCCUUCUUUCACCGUUCAAUACGACUGGUUCUCUGGUGCAGGUGUGUCUACCAGUGAAAAGUCUAGCUGGAAAUACUCAGGCUCUUAUGACUAUUUGCUCAGCUGUUCCACAAAUAACAUGGGUCAAUCUAAUGGUGACUGGCCUGUUGCCUCAGAAUCAUCCUCUGCUGCUACGGAAUCUUCAUCCAAGGCAUCUGAGACUUCAGAAACAGCUGGCACUUCUUACAGUACUUUGACUACAGUUUCGUCCACAGUGUUUGUUACAACAACUUGUACGAUCGAUACCUGUGCAACUUUCACUACGACAGUUCCAAUUACCAAGAUUACCACUGUUCCAUGCAGUACAUCAGGAGAGAAAUCGACUAGCUACAUUACCAGUACUAGUAUUGGAUCGGCAAUCAUUACUUCUACUUCCAGUGGUAAAACUUUCACUACCGUUGUUCCAAUCACUGAGGUUGUCACAGUUCCUUGCGACUCUACCGAGACCACUAAGAUCACCGUUUAUCCAACAACCAUCAACUCUACAGUGAAUGGCGAGUCUAGUGCUACCUCAACAGCGGUUGUUUCUGCUGCGGUUACUUCUCAGCCAGAGGCCGUCACUUCUGCAGCCCCAGUUUCUUCUUCUAAUUCUAUCAACCCAUCUACUACAGUCGCUACUUCUUCUUCAAAGUCAACCACUGCUGCCGCCAGUACAAUUGCAUCUCUUACCGAAUUUGCAGGUGAAGCUGGUGCAUUGUCUCCAAGAUUCUCUAGUAUCAUCGCUUUUGCUUUUGGCUUUGCUGCAUUGAUCAUCGAAGCCUGA